CUCGCGCUCAACUCGUUUUCAAAAUGUCACCUCACGCACCGCACGCACACCAAAGAUAAAAGUUCAAAAGGAUCGUCACACCUCAGCACCCCUGGCACCCAAUGCACACCACACGUGAAAUCUGCCGGCCCAUCUAUACACACAUCAUCACGCCACGCCCUGCCCUCAGUCUGAGUCCGGUAGCAUGGCUGCAUUCUUGAUCCGAGACACACGGUCGCGAACCACAGGAGCCUGACGACGACUGCACCCACACACACACACACAGAGAGAGAGAGAGAGAGAAUGACUCGCAGCUCUCCACAGUGUAUCCAUCCUACUCUCGUGUGGCAUCUCCCACGAGGCCAUCCCGUAUCUUGACAGGCGAGGGCGACUCAUCGCUCUCCAGGCCCAUCUCCUGACGCCACCCCUCCCUACCCCUGCCCCCACCCCCGCCCCCACCCCCACCCUCUGCCCUGGACCGCACAGGCGUCCUCGCCUCCUCCCUCUCAUCGCUGUCCACAUCUUUCUUGGGCUUGACAGUCACCCUUUCUGCCAAAGAUGACGUCGUGAACAGAGGCGAGUCGUCGGGCGGCUGCUGCUGCUGCUGCUGCUCUGGUCUGGUGGGAGGGCCAGAGGAGGGGGGCGGCCUGGGCGCGGUGGUGGUCGUGACGGUUAUCUUGGGAGCGGGCGGCUUCUGGGUGGUGGGGGGUGCGCGAUGGGCGUUGCCGGCUGCUGCUGCUGGUGGUGGCCUGGGCUGCCCCUGGAGAAGGAAAAGGGACAGCGAAUGUCUGGCGCAUUUCCCUGUAUGCGGUAGCUGCUGCCUGGUACCUGCUUCAGCAUCGUGAUUUGAGCCCUCAGGUCGCUCAGCUCCCUCUGAAGCGUCGACAGCUGCGUGAGUGAAGAGAGCCAAGGAAGCGGAGCAUCCGCAAUAAAAUGCAGACGGGCCAUCAAUCUGAGUCUGUGUGUGCAUCGCAUCGCCCACCCCACCUGCAUGGCCUCAGCAGCGCCGUCACCGGGCUGGUGCACCCCCUUGCCCCUGCGCAGCCUCUGCAGCCUGCCCCUGUUGUCGUCGAUUUGUUUCCGCAGCCUGUCGGCCUCUACGGUCUGCCACUGAGGCAACAGAGCCUGACAGGACACAGUCAGUCCGCGCACAGCACAGACAAAGAAAGGCCACAAAGCCACAGAUGAACAUUGCAUAACUGUGGAGCCAGGUCAGGUCAGCGGGGCUGGCUGGCUGACCAGGACGGCUUCCUCGUAGGUCUUCUUGGUCUGUUGCAGCCUCCUCCUGCCCCGCACCCGCCCCGCCAUCAUACCCCCAGCGCCACCCACCAGCGCAUUGUCCAAAGCCUUGGUCAGCUCCUCGUUGCGCUGACGGGCGUCACGCUCCUCCUGACGCAACAACUCGGCACGACGGCUGAGAGAACUGAGUGAGGCAGAGAGGGCGAUGAAUGCGCCAUACAGGGCGUUGCCACAUUGCUAAGUGGGCGUUGUGUGUGAGGGCGAGAGGCUUACAGGUUGGUAUAGAAGCCCUCCCUGUCUAUGUGCCGGGCUCUGCGGUCAGCAUGCGCCAACAGAACAUGGCGCCGCUGCUCCCUGAUGCCACAAACACAACACAACAACAGCCCAUCCUUCAGAAGAGCACAAUGACACGGAUACUCAUACUUACAAUUCGUCAUAUCGUCCCCCAAGGGCCUCUAUCCGGCUCUGACGUCGACAAACAGGGGCUGGCUGGAGCAUUCCAACUGCC